AUUCGGGCCAGUGUCACAGACCGUUUGGGCACCCUUGGGUUGUGCAUGCAUUUCGUGCUACGGGGGCUGUUUCGAGCAUUGACAGUUCGGCUGAGCUUCCGGGCUUGGGUCGUCCCGUUGCAUAUUGCUUCACCUUGAAACAAGGUCCGACAAGCUGUGCUGGUAAACAAGGAUCAUCGCAGUUGAGCUCAGCCUCUCGCCCUCGGCAUAUCACUAACACACGCACUCGCCGCUCAUCUGGAAACGAAUUGGAGUAGCAGUCUCCGGCAGUGGAAAUGAUCUGAGCCCUCCGUUAGGUUAAGCAAGAGACGGCAACCUCUGUCAGUUCACGAAGUUAACACGCCACAUUUAUUCGCAAUGGCCGUGUGGGAAACCGAAGACGAAUCGACCGGGCCGGCGAUGCCGCUGCCGACGCCCAUUGACACACCUCGCCGACCUCUCUCGCGGACGGUUUCGCGCGGCUCACGAAAGUCAGGGAGGUCCAUUACGCCUACUGGAAAGAAGGGCAAAAGUCGCUCCCCUCCGCCACUUCCGGGGGACAAGAGUGAGAGGGGUUCCAAGAGGUCUUCUAGGGACGUCACCAUCGAUGAGAACAUCAGCAUUUUGGACCCACGUCGUUUCACGCCAACCCUCCAUGCCAGUUUGGUUUCCGAGAUCCUCUCACUCAGGCGAGAUCAGGAGGAAAAGCUAAAGAUAAUUGAGAGCCUUGAGACGUCUCUGCACACAGUACGAGAGGAAUCCGAGACUCUGCAGACUUCGCUAUCAACGACGGGGAAAGAAAGCAGGUCGUUGAAGCGGCAACUGUCCUUGCUGGAGGGAGGGACGUCCUCUGCGCUUAGUGAACUGGCGAAGGAGCGCGACGAGGCGAUUGAGUCAGCCUCCGAGACGCGGAAGCGGCUCGAGACGACCCAAAAGAAAUUGCGGAGCCAAGAAGAAGACUCACAGCGAGUACACGAGCAAUGGGCAAAAGAGAAGGACGAUUGGGAGGAGGAGAAGCGCAAGCAGGAGCGGAGGAUCCACGUUGCCGAGACACGGCUAAAGGUCGUCUUGGAGGAGGUCGCCGCUUUCCAGGCCGCACAGGCAGAGGGCCAGGAUGGGGUGGCUAACGCUGCUGAGAGCGACGGGGAGGAGAGCGUGAAGGAUGAUGCUGCCAGCGUUAGGAGCAUGAGCAUCACGAACAGCAUCCGGUUCUCGGUCGCCAACAGCAUCCUCAAGGCAAACGGGAACUCGCUGGCUGACGAACUGGGAUUCGAUGGCGGUUACGACGACGAGAGUGACUACGGCGGCCGGGAUAGUGUCCUAUCGAAGGGCCACAUGCGAAAUUUCAGCCGAGACAGCCUUGCUUUUAGAACCCACCAACGACACCGGAGCAAUGACAGCUUAAGGAGGCCCGGCAGUGUGGCUCGCGGCAAGCUAGCCUUCAACCCUGCUGCGCUGGAGCGGCUCGAGGACGGUAUCAUCAAGGAGGACGACGAAUCGGUGCCGCCUGCUCCUCAAGUCAGCUACGUCGACACCGGGAUACAGUACUCACCGCCCCCAUCCCCCAAGAUUAUUCCCUCAAAGCCGUCGACCCCAGAACCGUCCACGAACACGUUCUUGCAAAGAUACGAGAGACUCUGUGGUCUCGACAGCCCUCGCGCUGACCACGAGAUCGAGGCGAAUCAGCGGAGGAAGAGGGUGAGUGUCGCUCAGCCGCUUGCUAUCAAGACGGUUGGAAUGCACAACUUGAUGGUCAACGGUUCGUCUCAAACAGCCGAGGAGCCAUUGAGCCCACCGAGGACGCCCAAAACGCCAUUGCAGGAGACACCCCCAACUCCGAGACUCAAGACGCCGACUAUGGCUUCUGCUUCCACCCAGACCGAAGAUGCGGCACCCGUGCUUGAUCCCUCGCUCGUCGAACUGCCAAUGCUUAUUCCUAGCAUCAGCAUCAUUCCCCCAACCAGUCGCCCGAGUUCACCUCGCGAAUCGCGCCUUCCACAACUCACUAAGGAUUUUGGAUGCCAAGUAUCUCUGGCGACCACCGUAUCUACAACGUCGUCGGCGAUGCAGACAGAAGAGAUUCGGGUUGACCAGCGAUUGAACAGGCUCCCGCCACACCUCCACCCGUCUGCUAUCACGUCUCGGCCCUCUUCGCCUGCGCUUGGUGUAGUAGAGGUUGCCAUCGAGGGCACUCGGCAUUUCACACCAGUUCCCGGAAACUUGCCACCGCGGAAUCCGCGACGACUGACGUCCAAACGAAGCCUGACCGAUAUGCCCUCGUCGCCUCCGAUUGCCUCGUCUAUCUUGGAAGAAGAGACCCGCGAUCUUUACCCAGGGAACAACGAUGACGGGCCCCUUUCAAGUCAAAACGCCCCCAUGCGACGGCCGCCGCGGAUUAGCAGCCUGUUCGCCGGCUUCGAUGGGAACAGCUCUGACGAGGUUGACGAAUUCCUGGAUGCUGAUUUCAGCGAUUCGGAAUACCGGACUGCGCUCUCUGCGCCGAAACCCAAGAACGGGUCGAACCGUGGGGGCAAGCGAAACUCGUUCGGAACCGUCACAUCGUCCGAGAACGCGUUCUCACCGAAGGCUAGCAGUCGUUUCUUUUCUCCCGGGUCUGAAGACGGCGAAGCCUACGACUCAGUGGCCUACCCGACGCAUGAAAUGCGGGAUACGGCUUUCGGCAGGAGGGGUUCGAGACGCGGCGGGCGGCCUUCGGUCUUUGGGACUAAGCCUAGCGUUAUGCGCCGGGCCGUUAUGAUUCAAAACGGCAUUGCUUCGCACCAGAGGGCUAGGAGCCCAAGCUUUACGGACCCGAAGGAACCUCCGUUCCCAAUCCCGACACGCGCUAGCUCUAGACAGCCGCCCGUCAGCACCAGUGCUCCGAGCGAUGGACGCACCAGCCCGAGUAGGAGCUCGGAUGUAUGGUCGAGGCGGGGCUCGAACCGGAGCCACUACCGCGCUAGUAGCAUCCGCAAGGUGCGCUCGGCAGCGGUUCUGCCCCGAAACCAGAGGUACCGGCGGCGUGGCAGCCGCUCUCCACCGCCCUUCGGCCCCUCUGCUGAAGCGCCCGAAAGCCCCAGGCUUCCCCCGUUGCCGAGCAACGAUGUCACAGCGCCGCGCACGAGGGAUGGGUAUAUGACGCCGAAAUACCGGAGUCACAGGUCCCAACCGUCGACAACAACGGCGAACACGGCGGACACAGCUGCGCCGUCGCAGGCUGCCUCGACUCAGCCACCCACUGUGGUGGACACGAUUGCUCAGACCAUGGUGGGUGAAUGGAUGUUUAAAUAUGUGCGAAGGCGCAAGUCUUUUGGGGUCGCGGAUACCAAGGGCGGCGAUGACAACAGCAACGACCGCCAUAAGAGAUGGGUCUGGCUUGCGCCCUACGAGCGUUCGAUUCUCUGGAGCAGCAAGCAGCCGGCUUCGGGAAGCGCCUUGUUGGGCAAGUCUGGCCGCAAGCUUGUGAUCCAAUCCGUGUUAGAUGUGAAGGAUGAUAACCCGCCUCCGAAGGGUACCGCCCAGAUUUUCAACAGGUCGAUUCUCAUCUUGACACCACAGCGGGCGCUCAAAUUCACAGCCGCAAACGCCGAACGCCAUUACAUCUGGCUAACAUCACUAUCCUUUUUGGCACACUCUAACCAGGCCAUACCGGACACUCUGGUAGUACCGCACCAACCACCGAAGCCGAAGCCGGUAGUCGAGCAGUACGAGUUACCGAAGCCCAAACGGCGAGCGAUUCGCGAUUCGAUCCGCCUCACCAAGGCCAAGACAGGGGUGAUCAAGUCGGAUCCGGUGACGUCGGAGUCGCACUUGGAUAGUGCUCCGCCCAAUAUCCCCAGCUUCCGGCCCCCUCCGGUGCCGGAGAUUUACAAAAUACCCGCGCAUACCCGGGAGGAGUCGAAGGACGCUGCCGAACCCCCGGCCAUCGCUCGGUUCUCUGAACGGGCAAACCAAGGCGCGGUUGGCGCGGUUCACGGGCGCAAGCGCAGCAACACUGGCAGCCACAUCCCGCCUCCCCUUUCGUUCCGCGGCUUCUCCGGCCCCGCCGGAAGCGGCGGUUCUCACACGGCGUCGAACAGCACGGCGGGCAAUAGCGUCAUGACCGCCGGGUCGUCGGAUCUCUACAGCAAUGCUGGAGCCAGCGCCGUCACGGGGUCGAGCGGCAUGACGUGGGCGACGCCGUCAGUGCGUACGUCGGAGGCCUCGAGCCGGCCGAGCGGGCCCGUCAUGAAUAACUUUUUUGACGCCAUCGGCACGGUCCGCAUGGAGGCCUUCAUUAGUCCCCUCGCGUUCAACGAGACGCCCUACGAGCAGGACGACUUCCGGCAGGUGACGCGGCGGCGGAGCAAGGAGCUCCGUCGCCGGGCUAGCCGAAGCAGCCGCCAGCGCGACAGCUAUCAAAGCCGCACCACCCGGGCCACCGACGACCUAGACGAGUGGUACAUGCGGGACGAUCCGUUCAGGGGGUUUUAGGAGCGCCUUCUCUUCUUAGUUUUUUUUGUUUCCCCUCUAUAUAUUGUAGCACAC